CAAACAAACGUGCUGUGAAAAAGCGUAAAAAGAACUAAAAACGCGUAUUAUUUAAAGGAAAAUAUCAUUUUAUAAAUGAAAAAUGCCGGUGCGGCCACAGCACAUGCAUGACGGAGGUAUUGUGGAGCGUCGGCUACGUCCCAUUUACGACUGGUUGGACAAUGGAAACAAUAAAAAAGCACUUCAGGAAGCAGAGAAAGUGCUCAAAAAGAGCCCAUCCUUGCAGGCGGCUCGGGCUUUGAAAGCGCUAGCUCUUUUUAGGUUAGGUAAGGGGCCGGAGGCGCAUGCCGUGUUAGAUGCACUGGCUGAAGAGAAACCGAGCGAUGACACAACUCUACAGGCGAUGACGAUAUCGUAUAGGGAGUCCCAACAAUUGCAAAAAGUGUGUGCGCUGUAUGAGGCAGCAGUGAAAGUGGAACCAACGAGUGAGGAGUUACAUUCUCACCUGUUCAUGUCGUAUGUUCGCGUCGGUGACCAUCGUUCACAGCAGCGAGCGGCCAUGGUGCUGUACAAGUUUGCACCAAAGAAUCCAUACUACUUCUGGGCUGUUAUGAGUAUUAUACUGCAGGCUAAAACAAGUGAUGAUAUCCCAAAGAGAAACAUACUUCUCUCCCUGGCUCAACGAAUGGUAGACAAUUUUAUAACUGACAAAAAAAUGGAGGCUGAACAAGAAGCUCGACUAUAUAUCAUGAUUUUGGAGCUUCAAGAGAAAUGGGAAGACAUCCUGAAAUUUAUCCAAAGUCCAUUGUAUGGACAAUUAGUGCCAGGAUCAACGGCUCAAGCUUGUAUACCAUAUUUAACGAAGUUAGGACACUGGCGGAAACUUAAUUUACUCUGCAAGGAGUUGUUAUGGGAUAAUCAAGAUCGUUGGGAUUAUUACUUGCCAUACUUCGAUUCGGUUUUCCAUCUGAUGAAGGAGCCUGUCUCGGAGACUGAAAGUACAGCUGAUGAUACAGCAGAGAAGUGCCAUGAGUUCAUAUGCCAGCUGGUGGAAAGUAUAUCGUCAGGACGGAGAUUACGAGGCCCUUAUCUUGCUAGAUUAGAGCUAUGGAAACGGUUGUCAGUUGAUGGAGACCCUACAGCGUUACUUGGCAGUGGAAUGGCAUUGUGUGUACAGUAUUUGAGGGUGUUUGCAAAUAAACCAUGUGCCGUGCCAGAUUUGAGACCGUAUUUGGCGAUGAUACCACAGCAGGAGAGGGAGGAACACAGCAGAGACUUCCUAACUUGUUUAGGAUUUGACGAAAAUAGUGAACCAACAACGACUGAAGAUAUCCAACGGCACGUGUCGUGCAUCGGCGCGUGGCGUCUGUCGGCGGCGCGGCUGGACGCGUCGCAGUGCGUGCAGCUGGCGGACACACUGCGCCGCCACUACCUCCGCUCCGUAGAGCGGGGACUGCUCACGGCCACCUCCACGGAGCUCUGCGCCACAGAUCUCUAUGGAAUACUCGCCGCGCACCACUACUUCUAUGCCGCGAUGCAGCAACAGAGUUCGUCACCAGUGAUGGAAGCAAUAUGCCUCCUAGAGUUAGUGCUUCACAAUUCACCCGCCAACUUUCAUGCCAAGCUGUUGCUGAUCAAACUUUACCAUUUUCUAGGAAACGCGUGGUGCGCGGACCGCGUGUACGCGCGGCUGGAGGCGAAGCACGUGCAGCUGGUGUCGCUGGGCUGGCUGCACGCCGCGCGCCUGCCCGCCGCCGCCGCCGCCGCGCGCGCGCUGCAGCUGCUCGCCGACACCGCCGCCUUCCACGCGCACCACGCCAAGGACAGCGUGGAACACCUGACGUAUGCGUACAAGUAUGGUACGUUCGAGAAGUUGGUGGAGUUGCGCGCAUGGAGCGAUCGGCUGGAACGCUGUGCGUGGUGUGCGUUCGUGGCCCGGGAGAGGGCGCUGCUGUCGCUGCUGGCCGGGCCCCCCGCGCCUCUGCACGCCCCCUCGCGACUGCCCGCUGCCCCCACUGACAACCGCGAUUUAAACGUCAUUCUUAGCUGGGAGCCACCCCAAUGUCAGGACGAAGAGUUAAAGUCUCGAACAUUCGAACAAGAGAUGGACUAUUUGCGACUAAAAGACGCGUUAGUGUCGGCAAUAGCGUUGUGUAUCGAGUCGGCCGACAGUCGACCGACGAAGGACAAGCGGCCGCAGUACGAGGAACUCGACACGUGUAUAGAGGCCUUUAGUACUGCAAUAGAAAAGUGUAAAGAAAAGUACAGUGCGCCGGAGAAAAUUAGUAUAUCGGGUCCUUUUCCUUCUAGAAUUAUAGCGUUCGUGAAUUCGGAAGUGCCAUACCGGGAGCUGUACGCGUGGACGCUGCGGAUGACGCGCGCCCUGGCGGCGGCCGACACGGCGGCCGCGCACCACGCCGCCGACCGCGCCGCCGCCCUGCUGCGGGCCGCCCCCGCCGCGCUGCGGGCCGCCGGCCCCGCGGGGGGCGGGGGGGACCACGCCGCGCGGGCCCGCGACCGCCUCGAGCACCUCUCCAACUACCUAGAGUUCAUAGGAAUCAUCACGUUCUUAUUAGGCGUGUGCAACGAAUUGACGACACCGUUGAACACUAAAAAGUCUAAAAAGAAAACUAACCAAUCCCCUGACGAGGUGAAAACGACCCAACUCCUCAACGCACUGAACGAGACUGUCCAAGACAGCAUCACAAUUCUAGAAGAUAUAUUCGAGAACUGGCCUCAAUAUGAGUUCCAAACGACUCUACAAGAAGAAUUCUCAAUCGUAAAUUUAGAAAAAUACCAAAGCCCAAUCGAGAAGUUAAAGCAAGGAAGGCUAGACAUAAUAGCGGACGUUAUGAAUAUAUUAAGCAAGAAAACAAAGUAUUUGAAGAGUCUUAUACAGUGAAGUGGCCUUGUCAUUUAGGUGCAUAAUGUCUAAAUUAUAUCGUGGUUGCACUGCCCAAGCGAUGCGACAUUUUGCUUUUGAAGCGAAAUGUAAGAAUGGCUUUAGGCAAUAUCCAAUCCAAUCCAUUAUAUUGUAGUAAUAAAAAAUUCACCCUAAUAGAACAGAUUAAUCAUUGAACCUUUUAUAAU